AUGGCUCGCGUGAGUAAUGGGAUGAUCGCAGCACUGAACAUCUUGACCCUUGUGAUGGCGAUUUCUGCCAUUGGGUAUUCCCUUUGGUUUAACGUAAAACCGGAAAAUCCAUGCCAAAAGGUUCUGAAAACGCCUCUACUCGUGGUGGGCGGUGCACUUAUGGUGGUUUCUCUGGCGGGGCUGGUGGGGUCUUGCUGCCGCAUAUCUAUACUAUUAUGGAUGUAUCUAUUUGUGUUGUUUCUACUCAUUAUUUGCCUCAUUUGUUUUACGGUUUUCACCAUAAUCGUAACGAAUAAAGGUGUUGGAAUAGCGUUGUCUCGCAGAGGUGUGGGAGAUCACAGGCUUGGGGACUACUCAGGAUGGCUUCAGAAGUAUGUGAUUAAUGCACAAAAUUGGGAUGAGAUUAAAAGUUGUUUGGUUGACGUCAAAUUAUGCGCAAAUAUUCAUGCUGGAAAGGUCGAAGACUUUUACAAACAUAAUGUAUCCCCUAUUCUGUCGGGUUGUUGCAAGCCACCAAGCUACUGUGGGUUAGAGUUCAAGAACGCAACAUAUUGGACGAUGCCUAAAACAGAUCCAGGAGUGCCCGACCCGGAUUGCAAGACAUGGAGCAACGUCCAGAAAGAGCUUUGCAUUGAAUGUGAUUCGUGCAAAGCGGCUGUUCUCUACAACAUAAAGAGAGAAUGGAGGCUACUCGUUCUCAUCAACAUAUGCAUUCUUGUUGUUGUUGUGUUCGUCUACUCAGUUGGCUGUUGUGCUCUCCGUAACAACCGCAAUGGCUAUGUGAAGCACAGAGGACAUGUGUGA